UGUACAAAAUAAUGGCAUGCAUUAAUGGGAAAAUGAAGUAUAUUUGUGGGGUGUUAAUUAUCCUCCUUAUGGCCGUUGUUUGUGAAGCUGGCGUCCCUGCAGGCGCAGUUUCAGGAUUCAUUCAAGCAAGAGACGCCCAUUUUGCACUAAAUGGAUCUCCAUUCCUCUUCAAUGGCUUUAACUCGUAUUGGAUGAUGGUUGUUGCUUCAGAGCCAAGCCAAAGGUACAAAAUAUCGAGUGUGCUUCGCGAGGCUUCCGCCGCUGGGCUCACCGUCUGCCGGACAUGGGCAUUUAGAGACGGAGGUUACCGAGCUCUCCAAAUAUCUCCGGGCGUUUAUGAUGAGGACGUCUUUCAGGGACUUGAUUUUGUGAUCUCGGAGGCAAGAAAGUAUGGAGUUCGUUUAAUUUUGGCUUUGAGUAACAAUUACCAAGACUAUGGAGGAAGACCUCAGUACGUGAAAUGGGCUAGAAGUGCUGGCAUGGCAGUCAAUGGUGAUGAUGAUUUUUACACAAAUGCAGUCGUGAAAGGGCACUACAAGAACCAUGUGAAGAAAGUGCUAAAUAGGAUGAACACAAUCACUGGAAUUGCAUAUAAAGAUGAUCCGAUGAUUAUGGCUUGGGAACUAAUGAAUGAACCACGCUGCAAAGUUGAUCUCUCUGCAAGAUUCAAACAGGAAUGGGUUCAAGAGAUGGCUCCCCAUGUUAAAUCCAUUGACAACAUACACUUAUUGGGAGUUGGCAUGGAAGGUUUCUAUGGAGACCCAAUUCAGGAUCGAAAGCAAUACAAUCCUCAAGGUUUCCAAGUUGGAACAGAUUGUAUAACCAAUCAUAUGAUUAAAGAGAUUGACUUUGCAACCAUACAUGCAUAUCCUGAUGUCUGGCUUCUAGGACAGAGCAGUUACUCGCGAAUGACAUUCCUGCAAAAGUGGGUGACAAGUCACUGGGCAAACUCGAGGAGCAUCUUGAAGAAGCCAUUGAUUGUCGCCGAAUUUGGAAAAUCAAAGAAAGAAGCCAUCCAUUACAAGGACUGAAGGAAAUUA